AUGCGCGCUGGCUUCCCGGAAAGGAAAAGAGAAGGGACUCCCUGGUGCGCCUACGGCCGAGAUCCUCCCGUGCGCGACUCGUGCCUGGCACAGUUACGAAACCGAACGUCUUGUUCAAUACCACUUUCAUUGGACCUUUCUCUCGGGAAUCCAUAUGAAAUGUCCAUUGCACGCGGGGCAUUGGCUGUGACGAUUGUGCGAGUGCCUUUUGAAAACGCUGAGCGCGCGUGCGCAGAACGUGGCGAGCGAGGUGGCGCUGGUGGAUGUGGUCGCGGACAAGCUGAAGGGGGAGAUGCUGGACCUGCAGCACGGCUCCGUCUUCAUGCGCAACGCGCGCGUUCUCGCCAGCACAGUGUGAAUAUUACUGUAGUGCAGUGCACUCACGAUGUAGAUUCUAUGAUAAGACACUUGAACAGCAUGUAUGCUAAGCAGAUAUUAAUAAAUUUAAGAAAAGACUACGCGGUGAGCGCCAACUCGCGGCUGUGCAUCGUGACGGCGGGCGCGCGCCAGAAGGACGGUGAGUCGCGGCUGGAUCUGGUGCAGCGCAACACCGACAUCUUCAAGGGCAUCAUCCCGCAGCUGGUGAAGCACAGCCCCGAUUGCAUCCUGCUCAUCGUCUCCAACCCAGUGGACGUGAUGACGUACGUGGCGUGGAAGCUGAGCGGCUUCCCCAAGCACCGCGUCAUCGGCUCUGGCACCAACCUGGACUCUUCGCGCUUCCGGGUGCUCAUGUCGCAGCGCCUUAACGUGGCGCCGUCCAGCGUGCACGGCUGGAUCAUCGGCGAGCACGGCGACAGCAGCGUGCCCGUGUGGUCCGGCGUGAACGUGGCUGGCGUGCGUCUCCGGGAGCUGAAUCCAUCGCUGGGCGCUGCAGAGGACAAAGAGAACUGGGCGGAGGUGCACAAGCAGGUGGUACAGAGCGCGUACGAGGUGAUCAGGCUGAAGGGCUACACGUCAUGGGCCAUCGGGCUGAGCGUGGCCACGCUGACGGAGGCCAUUCUGCGCAACGGCGGCCAGGUGCACGCUGUCUCCACCGUCGUCCAGGGCUACCACGGCAUCGAGAAGGAGGUGUUCCUGUCGCUGCCCUGCGUGCUGAGCGAGAGCGGCGUGUCCAACAUCGUCAAGCAGCCGCUCACCGACGAGGAGACGGCGCAACUGAAGCGCUCGGCCGACAUCAUGCACGAGGUGCAGACGCGCCUCAAGAUGUAAAUGACUGUUCGAGCGCGUUGCAAGACGCGUCAUUUUUUUCUGUGUCUUAUAGUAUUCAGAAUGCCUGCAGUGUUUGUGUGUAGUUGCUGAAAGUAGAAGGAAAUACGACCUCUUGGGGUAAUCUCUUGAUGGGAAACUAACAUACAAGCACACGAGUUGGAAAUAGACAUGAUAACCUAAAACGAAUGAUUGAAAUAAAAACUAAUUUAUAGGAAUGAGAACUUUUAAACAUUUUAGUUAUCUUUUUUUUUUCAUGAUGAAGGAUAAUGUCUCGAAUUACUAAUCGUAUCUAUCCAAAUUAUUCUAAAGAUAAGGUUUCUAUGAAAAACGUGUGGUAUGUCGUUGUGAAUUAAAGAAAGUUGUUAUAAAAAUGAUAUUCUCUAAUUAUUUUCUAAUUUGAACAAAUGUAAAUCUCAUAACAAGCGCAGACGUUAGUUCAAAUGGUGUAAACAAAACCAGUAAUACGCUAUUUAAAAUUAAAUUGUUUUUGUGAUGAAUCUAAAUAUUAUAAGUUUGUAAUAGUUAAACUCUUAUAUAAGACACACGCAUACCAACAUUUUCCAUAAAAUGCAUAUUAAGAAAUGUAAACUGAAAUACAAGUUGCCCACUUAAGUUCGUGAAUUGUUUGAAUUUAGUUCCGUUUCGUUUAAGAGUCUUUCUGCUUUUCACAUAAUCACUUUUCUGCUGCGCAACGUGUAAAAACAAACCCAAUCAACAGAAUUUCAUUUUAUUGAUGUCAUUUUGUAAUUUCAGGUAUAUUUGAGUUGUAAUGACAGAGGAUUAUUAACUGUAAUCAAUAAUUUCUCAAAUUGUGUCAAUAUUUCUUUAAAUGCAUUUGAAAAAAUCAAUUUCUUUGUGAAAGUACUGUGUACAGUAUUGGAUGUUUCAUGUUAGAAUUUAUUUAUUUAUUUAAAAUAUUGUUUUAGACUGAUAGUUACUAAAUGAUAUUGUUAACUGAACUUUGCUGGUAAUGUGCCAAAAGUAUUGUAAUGCUUUAUUGCAGAUACUUCAUAUAUAAUAGCUUUUACAUACUUAUUAUUCUAUGUUAAUAUUACAAAUAUUUUUAAGAGACCAUGUGUAGAAAAUUAGUAUUUUACACGUAAAUUAUUACUGCUGAAAGUAUGCAUCUCUAGAAACAUAUUAAUUUAACACCAUUUUGUGAAUGAUUGUUAUAAAGUGUUUGCUCUUAUUAUUAAUAAACAGGACAGUAUUUGAUGUAAUAACUUAUUAUUAGGCCAGUUGUUGAACAGUAUCUCUUCAUUAACAUUUACAUUUUUUGUACAGCAUCUGCCAUACAUUAGGCUUACAAAUGAUGUAUUUUAAAGUAUGCAACAUUGUUUCCAGGUAAUUGGUAAUGCCACAGAAUAAAACUUGCAAUUAUUGCCGGUACCAAUUUGUUUAUCAUUAUAUUGUUUAAUUAACAUUUUCUCAUUGUGCUCCAACAAUUCACACUUUAUCAAAAAAUAAUUACAUUGCUCAUCUUUAAGAUUAUUGUAAUGUUUUUCCCUAUUUACAUUUUAAGUACUAUAAUUAUCAUGCUGCAAAAUAUAUUUUUUUUAUUUCCUACUGUCAGUUAUUGAUGUUUAUAAUUUUCUUAUGUACAUCCAUUUCAAGGUUCCAAUAACUGCGAAAAUGCUUUACAAAUAAGUGUAAAACUAUGACACAAAAAAUAUUUUUUGAACAGCCACGAGUAAAAACGAUUCUUUCAGGGCAUGCAGAGCAUGGUAAAAGUUCAACUUUUAGAACUAGUGCUAAAGUAUUGUAAUGCUUUUUUGCUGAUACUUGAUAU